CAAAAGCAAAUGCGUAUUUUGGCGCAGGUUCCCGUCAAUUUUUUUUUCAAGACUUGAGAGAAAACUAUUAAUAACAGAACUGUCUCCAUGGCAACUUACAAUACCAGACGUAAGAGGCGCUGGCAGUCUUCUCCUGAUGAAAAAAGGAAGAGAUUACCAGUAAACGAAGAAAAUUCUCCUCGCAAACGUCGGAGAACUCGUACCGGCGACUCUCCACUGAAGAUGCGAUGUGACAACCCUCUGAUUAACUCUGAUGACAAUUCACCAACCUUCAGAGCCACAUCAUUCUACGGAUCAAAGCAAAAAGAUGUCUCGACAACCAUUGAUAAAUCUUCUCGUGUGGUUACUGAAAAUCGUCCCAUUCAGAAUUCAGCACCGACAGCAAGCAGUCCCGAUUCUCAAAGUUCUGACGCAAGUGGAUUUACGAGAUCAUCCAAAAGGUGUCUUGCUAACAAGCCAAAGUUAUCUCCCCCUAUAGUUAGAAGCAAGAGAGUAAAUAAUCAAAAUGAAAACAAGAACUUAAAGAAAGAUGGUUCGUGUAAUGUCAACAAGCAGAAGCGUAUUGUUACAAGUAGUUAUAAAAGACUGUCUGUCGUCAUUUCUCCGUUAAAAUUGACUGACAAGAAAUCAUCUGCACCGCAAGAUGUUCUGAUUACCGAGAAUCCAAAAGGUUCGUUGACACCUGCCGUCCCCGGUAACCAAAAGAAAUUCUUUAAACACAGGUCUCCAGCGUCUGCAUCAAAAUCUGUGGGCAGCGUCAUUGUCAGGAAAGGUUUCAAUCUGAAAUUUAUGCCUCGAAGACUAAAUACAAAUUUCUGGAAGGAAUCUUCGAAAAAGGACAAAGAUAAAAACAAACAGUCGUCGAAAAAGGUAAACGGUUCUUCACGCAGUGUGACAAAGCCAGUAAAAGUUUGUAAGAAUGUCACCAAUGAUACAUCCAGUGUGGUUUUUGAUAUCACAUACGAUUUCCAGCCACUUGAUGACACCGUUAAAAAAACAACAGAAUCGAACAGUACAGGUUCUAAAGCUAAUGAUGAGAAUGAGACUUUGGUCAACCAUUCACCAACGUCUAGCAUUUCGUUGCUGAGUGAGAUUCAUCCGGGUGUGACCGAUUCCUUACAGUCGUGUACGGGGUCGCAGGAUCUUUUCAGCACAGAUGACAGAUCAGAAUUGUCAGAUGUGUGUGCCUCGAGUUCAUCUUCAACAAGUGGAAAGAAAAUGUUCCCAAUCUUUGAUGUUAAUUCAAGGGUUUCAAGUCCUGGCUCGAGUUGUAUGUCUCUGCGUGUUUCCACACGUUCAUCACCACGGUUACAGGCAGUUAUGAAAGAAAAACCGGGCAUGGAGCAAAUGAUACUGGAUGCAGGUCAGAAGAAGUUUGGAGCGACGCAGUGUGACAUUUGUGGAAUGGUGUACACACACGCCGACCCCACUGACGAAACGACCCACGCUAAGUUUCACCAGGGAGUCAUCAGUGCUUUGAAGUUUCCAGGCUGGAAGAAGGAACGAGUCGUCCAGGAGUUUCCGAAUGAAGGCAGUCGAGUGAUUAUGGUGCUGCAUGACGAUCCAAAAUAUGCCACAAAGAAGGUUGAGGAAAUCAACAGGAUUAUGGGUCAAGAACUUGGUUUCCCAGAGCAGACUUCGGCUUUUCGCCCAACAUUCAAGGCUUUCCUGUAUGUAUCUGAUGACAAGACUGUCGAUGGCUGUUGUAUUGCUGAACCAAUCACAGAGGGUUAUCGGGUAAUUCCCGACUCUGAGGCCAACACUCAGCAUGGUGGUCAGCGACCGUGGUGUUGUCAGACUGAGCCCGAACCAGCCGCAGUGGGAAUCAGUCGACUCUGGGUCUACGGCUUGCAGAGACACAAAGGCAUCGCAACCAGACUGGUCGAUUGUGUCAGACAAUGUUUUGAAUACGGAGUUCUAAUUGACAAAGAGAAAACAGCAUUUUCUGACCCAACUCCAGAUGGAAAGACUUUUGCAACCAAAUAUUUUGGGACUGAUGCUUUCAUUGUGUACAAGUACAGACCCUUAAAACACUGAGCAAAUAAGCUAAUUAAAAACUUGGACUGCCAAAAAAAAAAAAAAAUUGGCAUUUAUUUUUUGGAUGUUCUUUAAGUUUUAACUGAAUCAUGAUUGAAAAUACUUUUUUUUUUAAGAAGGCAUACAUGUAUUUGUGUAUCCUUUAUUGCAGCGAUUAACUGUACUGUACUGUACUGUUUUUUCUUUUCUUUUUUUAAGAUAAAUUUCUAAUUACUUGUGUGUGAAUAUAGUGCUAUUUAUAUAUGGGAAAAUAAUUUGUCCACCUUUAAAAUGUGACUCACAAACAAUAUUUUUCAGUUGGGGUAGUUCAUAUGUAACUGGAUUUUAUUUUGGUUUUUUUGUUUGUGGUCUGUAAUAUCAAUGACAUCAAUGAAUGGAUGAAAUAUAGUGAAUAAAAACUCAUUGCCAUAUU